UUCUUCUGCCUUCUUCUCUUCUCUUCUUCUUCGUUCUCUCUCUCUAAAUCUCUCUCCUUUUGACUCUUUUCUCCUUCCCCCCCGCUUCUCGACCUUUCCUCUACGCUCGCUCCAUUCAAUUCCCUUCUCUUCCUCUCGUGCUUCGCUCGCUCUCUCUCUCUCUCACUGUCCCUUCGAUACCGCCGCCGGUAUUGCUUUUCUGGAUCCACCCGGCUCUGUUACAGAGCUGGUCACGAUCUAGGGUUGCGAUCUGUUUGUUUUACCUCCCUCUUUCUUCUGAUGCCCUAAUUCUCAUCUCCGUCGGGGGCUUCCUAGAUUUAAGCGGCUCUUCCUCUUUUAAGCUGCUUUUGAAAAUUCGGGUCCCCUUGCUUCCUCGUUCGACCAGCGCCGGUGAAUUUAAAAAAAAAAAAUGGUGGUGGGUUCGCAGACUCCGAGCGUGGCGGCAUCCGCUCAAUCGGGAAAUAAGAGAAAGGGUGGCGCUGCUAAUAAAGUCUUUCUUGCUGGCCCUUCAGAGGCUGAUCUUCAGCGGAAUGCUGAUUUGGAGAAGUUUUUGGUUGAUUCUGGGUUGUAUGAGACCGAAGAAGAAGCUGAGAAGAGGCAGGAGGUCCUUGGCAGGAUUGAUCAGAUUGUCAAAGCUUGGGUCAAGCAGUUGACGCGCCUGAGGGGCUACACCGAUCAGAUGGUGGAAGAAGCAAAUGCAGUUCUUUUCACUUUUGGGUCUUACCGUCUUGGAGUAAGUCUAAGUCUAGGUUAUGUUUCCUUUUCUCUGUCUACUGAGGAAAUUGAAAUGCAUGCAAGUUGGUUUAGUGGGCUAUUGGCGACACUUGUGGAUAUUUUGUUGCCUGUUUGUUUCCUCUUGCGUGUGCAUGGUCCUGGGGCAGAUGUGGAUACAUUGUGUGUGGGGCCAUCUUAUGUCAAUCGUGAGGAAGAUUUCUUCAUUAUUUUGCAUGAUUUGCUAGCUGAUAUGGAGGAAGUUACAGAGCUUCAACCAGUUCCAGAUGCUCAUGUCCCUGUAAUGAAAUUUAAAUUCCUGGGGAUAUCUAUCGAUCUACUUUAUGCAAGUAUUUCUCUUUUGGUUGUUCCGGAGGAACUCGACAUCUCUAAUGAGUCCGUGCUGCAUCAGGUGGAUGAACAAACUGUUCGAAGCCUUAAUGGAUGCAGGGUAGCGGAUCAAAUUCUCAAGCAUGUUCCAAAUGUUGAGCAUUUCCGAACAGCACUUAGAUGUUUGAAAUUUUGGGCUAAAAGGCGAGGUGUUUAUUCUAAUGUCACUGGUUUUCUUGGCGGCGUGAAUUGGGCUCUUCUUGUUGCUCGGGUGUGCCAGCUUUAUCCCAACGCAAUCCCUAGCAUGUUGGUUUCUCGAUUUUUUCGAGUGUACACUCUGUGGCGUUGGCCGAACCCUGUGAUGUUGUGCCCAAUAGAAGAAGAUGAGCUCGGAUUUCCAGUGUGGGAUCCCCGUAAAAACCCCAGAGACAGACUUCAUCAUAUGCCUAUAAUAACCCCAGCUUAUCCUUGCAUGAAUUCUAGCUAUAACGUCUCGAUAAGUACUCUCCGUGUUAUGAUCGAGCAAUUUCAAUUUGGUAACAAGACUUGUGAGGAGAUUGAGCUGAGCAAGGCCCAUUGGAGUGCACUAUUUGAGCCUUAUCUAUUUUUUGAUUCAUACAAAAACUACCUCCAAGUUGAUAUAAUUGCAGCAGAUACUGAUGAUCUAUUGGCUUGGAAAGGUUGGGUUGAGUCACGGCUGAGACAACUUACUUUGAAAAUCGAGCGAGAUACAAAUGGGAUGCUGCAGUGCCAUCCUUAUCCGCAUGAAUAUACCGACAUGUCAAGGCAGUGGCCUCAUUGUGCUUUCUUUAUGGGGUUGCAGAGGAAAGAGGGAAUAAAUGGUCAGGAAGGCCAGCAGUUUGAUAUAAGGGGAACAGUUGAUGAAUUUAGGCAAGAAAUAAAUAUGUACAUGUUUUGGAAGCCGGGAAUGGAUAUUUAUGUUGCUCAUGUUCGAAGAAGGCAGCUUCCUAGUUUUGUUUUCCCUGAGGGACACAGACGUUCUCGAUCAUCAAGGCAGCAGGCUGGAAAAGUUAAUGAUGAUGUUAGAAAGUCUCCAUCAGGAUCUAUUGAAGAACAUCUGAAACGAAAACAUGAUGGUGAAAUGGCAGCUGAGAAAAGAGUCAAGUGUGCCUCUGUAAGCCCACAGAGACUAGUGUCAGUUUCUCCAGAAAUCUGUAGAACUAGGUCUGUUGGACCAUCUCUAGAGAGCUUACAUGAGGGGGUUAAAUUGGGCUGUUCAUCGGCUCUUGCUGAUGUUGAUAAUAAUGCUCCAUUUACAUCAUGUAGUGGACAGGUCAAGGGUGAAAAUAGAAACUUGGUUGUUCGUGAUGCUAAUGGGAUUGAAACUGAAGAUAUGGGGUGUGACUUAAGCAGACAAGUUACAGUACACCAAUACAAUUCGUGCUUAGUUAUGAAUGAGACUGAACCAAUGGAGUUGGAGGCUGAACGGCAGCAUGCUCCUGACCCAAGCGAAUGCCAAGUUAGUGAAGUUGAAACGGGUUUGGAAGAGGGCUCACUAAAGGGGUCCUCUGAGGGACUCAUAGGUUUGACUGGGGAAGAUGUUCAGGUUGAACCGGCGCUAAUGCUACCAUCUAAUCAAAAGACUGUUGUAGAGCUUGGAGGAAAAGAUGUAGUGUGCUCUAGUUCCAGCACUCGGAACCUCAAUUUUGAGGUGAGUUAAUUCUGUUUGAGGUUUUUCGGUUUUAAGGAUGUGAAAGAUAUGGAAGGGGCAAUCUGAAGUACAGAAGAUAGUGAGAACGAGGAGAUCUUUGCAGGGUGAAGAAGCUACUGAUUUGGGCUCAGAUCUGGAGAAUAGAUGUCCGAAUGGGAAAGAACAGUUUGCAAAUGACUUGCCUGAAGAACUUGAGGUCUUAAAUCUUAAUUGCCAUCCAGCAAUUCGUUUGUUCAGUAUUAUUUUUCGUUCUGCACUUGCUUUUACCUGAUUGAUUGCCUUAUUGCCUAUGGUCUUUUCCAUUGUUCGAUUGAGUCGGAGCGUUUCCCAGCAUGCCAGUGAAAAAUCAUUCCAAGUAAUCUACUUUUGAGGUCCAGAAAUUUCUUAAAAGUGCUAAUGUUUAUAGUCGCCCCUAAUUAAUUAUUGCAUGAAACUUUAUCAAACAAAGUUGAAUGUUGAACUGUCUACUUAGAAUUUUCUCUCCCUUUGCCCUAUUUGUUUUAUGUGGUGAAUUUCCUAACUGGUGCUUAUGGUGGCAGGUCCUGCACCACCACCAUACCUGCCAUGUUUCGAGUAACUGUUAAUUAACAAAGAACAGCCUUUACAUAUUUACAGCUCAGAUACACUAACCCUCUGUAAUAGUUUUGCUCCAAUGCCCCAAAUGACGAGGCUAACUUUCGAUUCUUAAUCUGCCUUGUGUAUUUUUUCUAGUGCAACAUAGCGGUUGGGACAGCUAGGCAAUCACAAGAUGGAACAUCGAGGUCGAGUCUCAAAUCAACAGCAUGAGGUACAAGGGGAUGAGCAGCUUGAAGAUCAUGGUAAGUGCAGCAUUGAUUUGGUGGCCUCUUGCCUCUUGUUUUCUCCAGGUGUGAGUGCAUUCGCGCUUAGUGGGGGUAAACACAGUGGAGCUGAAGAAUCUUGAAGGCAAGCUGCAUGGCACGGUCGUUUGGAUGCUGCAUCUAAAUCAAAGUGCGAGUUCGGCUGUUUGGAGGUCUGGCGCCCACGAAAAGUCCACCAUGCUUGCGAGAUUCCCAUCUUGGAUGAUGACAAGACAAUUUUGUUUUGUUGGUCUGCUUGAAUUUUACUCUAUCGGUUUCCUUUCAGUUGUAUGUUUCAAGUGAGUGGGAUCCAAACCUUCCCAAUCAAAUUCUGUUGAGUCGGUUCAAGUGUACAUUAAGAUGGUAUCAGUGAGUUGAAUUUGCAUGGGAACCACUGGUUGCUGCAUACACCAGCUAGCUUACCCACCUUGAAGAAAUUCUGACUUGUGCCUUUGAAGAACGAGUUGUUGAAAAUUCCGGGCCAAACUCAAUGAUGUAUAUGAUGUUUCUGUGUGUAAUGGGGAGGGUUUAUCAUCACAACCAGAUCAUGUAUGCAAGCUUUCUGUUUUUCUCGUUUGUGCAAAACCUGGUUCUCUAUUUACAUGGGAUGUUAUUCUGAAUCUGAAGUACUAACACAAGUAGAGAAAUCGGAGCAGACGUUCAUAUGCCUAGCUAGUUAAGGUGUCACUUUGCCUCUGUAAGUAGCAAGAUAAGCAACCUCAGUCCCUAGCAGAGGGGCGAGGUCGCAAUCGCGUCCAUGCUUGUUAUAGGACAGUCUAAUCAAAACCUGCACGACUUACUUCAUCG